AUAGUUGAGAAUGUAGCCAGGAUAACUAUUGGAAUUUCUAGUGCUUUAUCUGUUUUUUCCUGUUUAGAUUCCUUCUGCUGUCUGUGAGCUUUAAAUUUGCUUUUAUUCUGCCCUCAUUUAGUUGCUGUUUUACAUACUCAGGUCUGCGUCUGUCAUUGUGCAAUCACCGCGUGAUCAUCGUCGUAUUCUUGCUCUGAAGAACUACAUCAAGAGAGCCAAUUUAUUGCGGCUGGUGAAGAGGGAAAGACUGGUUGAGCAGCGGGAAGAUCGUGUCGAAAGGCAUGAUCAAAGAGUUGAAAAGCGGGAAAUUCGUGCUGAUGAGAAAGAGUUGAUGAAUCACACCAUUGCCAACGGUCUUGAGCAAGAAAGGAAAAAACUCGAGAAAGACAAGCAGGAAGCUUCCGUUGCUCUGCAACAAGAUAGAAUGAAGUUUGAGGAAGAAAGGAAGUCUGCUUUGCUGGCUCUGGAAGAAGGAAGGAGAAAGCUUGAUGAGUACAAGUUGCAAGUUUCUCAGCAAGCAGUCGCGCAUGUAAAGGGAGAUGCUUCUGUUGACGAGAAGGAUAAGGGGCAAGUUUCUCUUGUUGUGAGCUCUGUUCAAACUGCUGACACUCGCCUUGGGCUUGUGGAGAAACUUAUCGACAUCCCAAAGAGGACACAGGCAAUGGGGAAAAGCAUCUGCGAGAACUCUGAGAUCGUGAAGAAGUUUAUCCGUCCAAAUGCAUCGAAGAUAAAGAAGGUUCUUAGUGCUGCAACGACCACAAGUAUCAUUACGGCGCUGCGAGUGGAAAUCGGCCAACUGAUUGGGCUCCCGUCGGGAGGCUCGAACGGAGACUCAAAGGUCCCUUUUGUGAAUGGUACUGGAAAUGGAGCUUCCUCUACGGUGGCUGGUGCUGAGGCUGCCUCUACGGUGGCUGCUGCUGAGGCUCCCUCUACGGUGGCUGCUGCUGAGGCUCCCUCUACGGUGGCUGCUGCUGAGGCUCCCUCUACGGUGGCUGCUGCUGAGGCUCCCUGUACGGUGGCUGGUGCUGAGGCUGCCUCUACGGUGGCUGGUGCUGAGGCUGCCUCUACCGCGGCUGGAGGCAAGGCUGUGUGAAUUAGCCUGGGUGUUGGUGAAGUGCGUGGAACUUUGUGAUCUAUCCUCUGAAAGCUUUCUUCUGUGUGAAGUGCGCUAUGUAACUGUCGUCCAAAUCUCCGCUAUGUAACUGUCGUCCAAAUCUCAGUUAAACAUUUUAGCCCUGUCGUUGUUGGCUUGAAUCUUGGUUCUAUGUUUUGUAACGUAAUCUGGUAACGGUGUGGCGUGGAUAUGGUUGUUUUUGUUUGUUUUGACUUCGACGGAAUCAGAUUAUGUUAAGGAGUGGCUUC